AUAUCGUGAAGAAAAAUCGUGUUUAACUCUUUCUGUACACGUGGAUAUAUGUGUAUAUGUAUAAAAAGAGAUUACAUGUAGAUAUAGAGAGACUGUAUAAUUAAAAAACAUUCAUAUAUAAAUAGAGCUUUGCUAGAUCAAGGAUCUUUAUUCAUCAUCCUCUCCGUAUUAUUCUUCUCCUUCUCCUUGUUCUUUUUUUUUAUUGAGGGUUUUAGUCUCCUUCACUUUCCUCUACUAUUUCCAUCAUACAAAACCACAGUUUCUAUCUUAAGAUUAGUACAAUAUACAAACACACAUCAACUGAAACUAUAUUUCUUUUGAUCCUUUAUGUAUAUGUGUACAUAAUUAUAUUUACUACCCCGAAAGAAAGCAAGCUAAGGAAUCCUCAAAGCAGGACUUUGUUUUGAUGGAGGAAAACCCGCAUCGAGUUUCACGUAGACACAAUGGCGGGACCCACUGUCAAAACGACGACGAAGGGAGCCGUCGAGAACGUCAUCACAUUCACGGCGAUAAAGUCAAAUGCUCUGGCAAGAGAUGCCGGUCGUGGGCGGCGGCUGCUAUUGCUGACUGUGUAGCGCUUUGUUGCUGUCCAUGUGCGAUCAUAAACUUUCUUACUCUCACUUUCGUCAAGGUUCCGUGGAUGAUCGGACGGCGAUGUCUCGGUCGGAGCCGGAAUAAAAAGAAGAAGAAGAAGUUACACAUGAGACAAGGGAGCAGGAAACUCAACGGUGAAGAUGAUGUGUUUGAGAUGGCCGGAGGAGAUGAGAAAUGCGGUGGCGGCGUAGGAUGCUGUGGCGGCGGAGAUUAUGAUGAUCACCGGUUCGUGGUGGAGAGAGAUGGGAGUUUAACGAAGGAGGAGGACAAAACAACGACGUCGAGUAGAGGAGAUGAUGAGUCGAGAAUAAGUGCAAGAGUUGAAGCCGAGAGAGUGUGGUUAGAGUUGUAUCAGAUUGGUCAUCUUGGAUUUGGUCGAGUCUCCUUCACUGGGAUCCAAUGAUUUUAAUCAAAAAAGUCAAAACGUUGUAGGAAUCUUUUAGUUAAUAUUUAGAAAAUUUCGGAGGAUAUAUAAUGUCAAUUUUUUUCCUAGUCUGUGUUCAUAUUGUGAUUAGUAAUUAGCGAUAAAAAUCGCAUAAAUAACUAAAUUUAUAUGUCAAA